AUGCAACGGCGAAAUGCGCGACAACGACAAGAGUUCCUCUAUCGCAAGCAACUGCAAGCAUCGGAAGCUGCUUCAUAUACUCACAAAGAACAGCUACAGAAGGCAUUGGAGACUGGCAAGAGCAUUCCAGAUCACCUGCGGGCAGACGCUAUUAACCUCGCCGAGCACAUGCUCUUCGACGACGUGACCACCAAGGUAAAAGGGCUGGACGAUGAUGAGUAUGCGAACGCAAAGGUUCCAAAGCUUCUUCUCACCACAAGCAGGAACCCUAGUAGUAGGCUCCGCAACUUUGCUAAGGAGCUGCGAUAUUUAUUCCCUAAUACACAACGUGUUAACCGCGGCCGGCACGUCAUCUCCGAAUUAGUAGAUGUUGCCAGAUCCAGCGGUUUCACAGAUCUUCUAAUACUACAUGAGACGCGUGGGAACCCGGACGGGCUUGUACUUUCCCACCUUCCUUAUGGCCCAACAGCAUAUUUUACUCUGUCAAAUGUGGUGCUAAGAAGCGAGACAAACUCGGAUGAGACUGUUCCAGAGCAUGCUCCCCAUCUGAUUUUCGAGGGCAUGCACAGCAAGCUGGGUGCACGGUUGACUCAAAUACUUAAGCACCUCUUUCCGACCGGAGGCAAGUCUGCCAAGCGUGUUUGUUCAUUCAUAAACAGGCAGGACUCCAUAGUGUUUCGCAAUCAUGUGUACCGGAAGGUAGGUCCGGAAGUCGUGCUAAAGGAGAUUGGGCCGCGAUUUUGCUUGCACCCUUACAUGAUCCGCCUGGAUACGAUGGAGUCCACUGCUGGCGAGACUGAGUGGCGCUUGCACAACUUUACUAACACUGCACACUUAAAACAACACUUGUGA